AUGGGUGCAUCAUGCUUAGGUUCUUGUUUAGCAAAUUGCAUUAAUCUCUCAAAUUUGAGACUUGAUCUUCGUAAAAAUAAAAUUGGCGAUGAAGGUGCAUCAGACCUAGGUUCUAGUUUAGUAAAUUGCAUUAAUCUCUUAAAUUUGAGACUUAAUCUUGGUGAAAAUAAAAUUGGUGCAAUGGGUGCAUCAGGCUUAGGUUCUAGUUUAGCAAGUUGCAUUAAUCUCUCAAAUUUGAGACUUGAUCUUGGUGAAAAUAAAAUUGGUGCAAUGGGUGCAUCAGGCUUAGGUUCUUGUUUAGCAAAUUGCAUUAAUCUCUCAAAUUUGACACUUAACCUUUAUUUGAAUUAAAUUGGUGAUGAAGGUGCAUCAGGCUUAGGUUCUGGUUUAGCAAAUUGCAUUAAUCUCUCAAAAUUGACACUUUAUCUUCAGUAAAAACUGUUUAUUUAUUCUGGAAUGUGA